CUCGUGCCCAAAUUUUGCUGCCCUUUCCCCUUUCCACCCUGUCGUUGCUGCUGUGUGAGCAUAUCACCAUCUUUGGCCGCUCACUGCUUCUUUAUCGUACAACUUAUUUGAACUACAAAAAGACCAAAACUUGAAACCCAGAUUGAGUUGGGUCAACAAGAAUUUGAGCGAAGUGGAAUUCUACAUAGUAAGCAUUUUCUUGAUCUAUUUUCCUGUUAUUCAUCCUUUUCUUUGGUAGUAUAACUUCCAAUAUGCUAUUUAUUUUUAGGCACCAUUUUUCCCAUUCCUGCUCAAAAUUAAGUCUUUUCUGUAUUAAAGAUCCCACCUUUAAUAAAAUUACUUGUUUGAACACUUUGUAUUAUCAUUUAUAUGCCUACCUUUUUAGCUACAGUUCAAGAAAAUUGUGUUGUUGGCCUCAAAUUUACUACCCAUCAAAUCCUAGACCUCUUUUACCUCAAACCCAAUUUGUCAAUUUCUAUUGUUCAAGUUCACCAACAUGGCUAAGAGGACCUCCCUCAAGAUCUUUGAGGAAGAGGAUGAACAGAAGAGCAAGAGCUGCAGCAAAGCCUGUUCUUGAUGAAUCCCGAUUUCAAAGGGCUGUAACUCAGCUUCCACCUAGAUUUACCCCUGAAGAACUGAGGGAUGUCAUGACUUCACAAAAUGAUCCUUUAGUGUGUUUGGAGUUGUUUAAUUGGGCGUCGAAACAGCACAGGUUUAGGCAUGAUGUUUCGACGUAUCAUGUUGCCAUACAACGGCUUGGUGAAGCGAAAAUGUAUGAAGAAAUGGAUCAUAUUGUUAAUCAAGUGCUUGCCGUUCCAUCUAUUGGGUCCGAGGCGCUUUUCAAUUCAAUGAUUUAUUAUUUCACGGAAGCUAGGAAGUUGACUCGAGCAGUGAUGAUAUAUAAGCAUAUGUUAAAUAGUAGGAAAUUGGAUUGUAGGCCGUCGAUUAAAACUUAUAAUAUCCUUUUCGCGGCUCUUCUUAGUAGGAGGAAUAAUUCGUAUAUAAAUCACAUGUAUAUGGACACUAUAAGGUCCCUCUUCAAGCAAAUGGUCGAUAAUGGGAUUGAACCGGAUAUCUUUUCCUUGAAUACCAUGAUAAAGGGAUACGUGCUUUCACUUCAUGUGAACGAUGCCCUUAGGGUGUUUCACCAAAUGGGCGUGGUUUACCAAUGCCAGCCCAACUCAUUUUCGUAUGAUUAUCUGAUUCAUGGGUUAUGUGCGCAAGGACGAACGAAGAAUGCUAAGGAAAUUUAUGAUAAGAUGCAGUGCAAAGCAUUCAUACCUAGUAGUAAAUCGUACAACUCGCUAGUGAACUCCUUGGCUCUUGGCGGAGAGGUUGAUGAGGCAGUGAAAUUCUUGUGGGAGAUGAACGAAAACCGAAGAACAAUUGACCACAUCACCUUCCGAACAGUAAUUGAUGAAGUCUGCCGGCAAAAAAGUGUGAAAGAUGCCAUCGGCUUGUUAAAGGAGUUGCAAGAUAAGGACAUCGUUGAUGGUCUUACUCAUAGCAAGCUUCUGUGUGAACUUGAGGAUGAUGUUCAUAAUUUAAAUGUCAGAAAUCAGUACAGCUAAGGUAAGAAAAUCACAUUGACAUGGUGGCUCUGAGAAAGCAGUUUCAAUUGACAAGAGCUGAACCUAAUGAGUGCUUGACUUGAAACAUUGGCAGAAAAUGUUGUAAGCUACACUCAAAGGGUCUGGCUUAGUGGUCAAUGAAAUGAAUGCAAAUCUUGGAAACCAAAGUUCAAAUACUAGCAGAGACAAAAAAAACUAGGUGAGUUCUUCCAGGUACUUGUGUUGGUAGGAGGUAGCAGGUACCUGGUGUAAUAAUCGAGGUGCAUGCAAGCUGGCCGGACACCACCGCUGUAACAAAAAUGCUGUGAUCUGCUCGCCCGUCCAGUCUUGUGUCUCACUUUGUUGUUAGUGUUAAAGUUAAAUGAUGUCUUCUUAUGGAGGAGGCAAAACAUGCAGUUGAAGGACUCCUUCCUCAGUGUAGACUUUGAUGUAACUGGUAUUCUUGGGAAAUGCUGAAGCUUGAAAUGCCAUGCUAAUACUUGAACUCUAAGUUGGUAAAUGUUAGUCGUUUAUGUC